UGGCACCAGAUGGAUACCAUAUUGCCACAAAUUGACAUAACCUAACAAAUAACCGCAAAAUUAUAGGGAUGAUUAUCGACUUUUAAGAUUACAAAAUGUUAAAAUCAAUCCAAUUAAUUAAUUUAUUUAAAUUGACCUUAAAGUCUACCAAUUCAACCCAAUCAGCCCAAUCUCGUGAAAUAAAACGUUGGGUUGCCCCAACGCUACGAGAAUUGCAAAGGCGUAAAGAUAAAUGUGGCCCAGAAAAACCUGAACCUCGUUCAAACCACUUGGAAUGGAAUUAUGAAGCGGAAUUAUUCGCCUUUGGGAAACGAUUGGGGGAGGAUUUUCACCAAAACCUCCUCAAAAAAGCUUUAAUCCAAAAGGAGUACGCUCGAGAUAAAAACGAAAAUGAAAAUCUCCAAUUAGAGGAUAAUUCCGAGAUGAUUCUAAACGGAAAAGAUAUUAUCAACAACUUUUUAUUCAAAGAGUUUAAUAAAAGUUAUCCUGAUGUUAUUGUGAAAGUUUUGAAAGAUUAUUUAACAAGGGAAAAAAUAUUGGCAGAAGUUGCCGUCGCAAUUGGAUUGAAGGAUAUUGUUUUAACUAAAGAAUUUCCGAUUGAAGUUAAAACUCUUUCAAACACUUUUUGCGCUAUUAUCGCCGCUUUGGAAAAAUCAUCCGGCUUGGAUACAACACAAAAAUUUCUUAAUGACUUCUUAAUUGCCCAAUUAAGGGGAAAAGAAUUAUUCGAUAUAUGGAAUUUAGAAAAUCCAUACUUAUUUUUAAAAGAUCUCCUUAAAAACGAACAAAUCGAACCGAGAUUAUGCAAUCAAUCAGGAAUUAACACAAUUUUAGCAAAUUAUCAGGUUGGGUUAUUUUCCGAAAAAAAAUUAUUGGGUAUUGGGUUUGGAGAGAAUGUUGAAGUUGCGAAGAAUACCGCAGCUUUGGAUGUUUUAAAUAAGAUUUAUAUGAAAAAAAAGUUUUCGUUUGUAUAGGUUUAAAAUAAUUUUUGUAGGUAAUGUUUAA